AUGACAUCUCUGCGAGAGUCUCCGCUUCCCCUCGUCCGCAAAGACACUUACGCAGCGAUAUCGCCCAGUAACCCGAAACUCUCCCAGGCCGGCAAAACGAUUCUCGUCACAGGAGGUGGCUAUGGUGUGGGAUAUGCCAUCGCAAACAGCUUCGCCCAGGCCAGUGCCUCAACCAUCAUUCUUGUCGGCCGUCGCGAGGCUAUCCUACAGUCUGCAGCUGAGAAGGUGAAAGCCGACUCUGCAGAGAUCAACCCAAAUCUCAAUGUCCACGUUCACACAGUUGAUGUCACCGACCACGGGAGCACGACUAGACUCUGGGGUUGGUUAGUCGAGAAGGGGUUAGUGAUAGAUGUUCUUAUCUUGAAUGCCGGUCGCCAAUCGCCCUUUAAAACACUUCUUGAGCUCGGCCUCGAGGAAGUCUGGAACUUUUACCAAAUUCUGAUCAAUGUCUCAACUGCUGGCACCUGGGACUUCGUCUCGUGCCGGCCAGUGCCCGUCUAUCCUUUGACCAAGAGCUCUGGCACUAUGCUUCUCGAGCAGAUCGCCCAAGAUGUGCCAUCCGAUGUGAUGCGAAUCAUGAAUUAUCAUCCCGGGCUCAUCCAAACCGAUGCGACCAAGGAUAUAUUCCCGGACCCAGCAGCUGUGCCGUGGGAGACACCUGAACUUGGCGGUGACUUUGCUGUUUGGCUCGCAUCGCCUGACGCUGCCUUCCUACAUGGUCGAUAUGUUGAGGCGACUUGGGAUGUUGAUGAUUUACUGUCCGACAAGUUUAGGGAGCGACUUGACAAUGACCCAUUUUUGCUGAAGGUUGGCGUCCUCGGAUUUCAUCCUUGA